GGCAUUUCUCAUAAUGCCCCCCCUGGGACACGUUGCCCUUUCUCAAGAAAUGAGAGCGUCGACACUUGAGUCUAAGAAACGGUACCAGCAUCUUCCUUGGGGUAGGAUUCUGUCAUGACUAAAAAAAGGGAAAAUAGCCCAACAUUUUAGAAAAAUAACAUACUACCCCCUUCCCGAAGGUAAACCUUGAAACGCAAUAUAGGAAUUCCCCGUCGUAUUUCUUGGAAUGGUUGCUGACGUAGAAUCGAUCAACCCUGGAGUUAUUUUUGAUACAUUGCCCGUUUCCCCUUCAAUUAACAUCCGUCCUGAAUCUUGAAACAGACAGCAGUGAUUCCCAUCCUGUGGUGAAAGCUUCAAGUUUUUUUUCUGAGAAUUUCCAAAUGAGAGAGUACGAUGGUAAAGGUAGCCACGGGGGACAGAAAACUGCAUAAAAUGAAAGAAAGAAAACAGCGAUUUCAGGACGAACUGAGGGUAUAGAUCUUUCAAAUUCAGGAAACUUCUGUGCAGAAACUACAUUACGGGAAAAGGACGGAGUGCAGACUUCUGGUCAAACCUCGAAUUCCACUGUAAAAGUACACUGGGGUUUAUCACACCAUCGGCUCUUUCGAUCCGUACGGAUUGGCACGGGCCUUUUCAUUGAGUAAAUUGAACUUUCCUAUCAGGGAAACAUUUCGAACAAACAGUAGCAGCCCCCCCCCGGAGGGGCAAGGCGCCUGAAACGAAGACACAGUUUACACCUACAUUUCAGAAUCUACGAGCUCUGAUGUGGUUGGUCGUAAAGCCCAGUCCCUUGUGGCGCAACGGAUGAAGGCUGCUUGAGCAUCCUGAGCUAAUUUUUUGGGGGGUGGGGGGGGAUUGAAUCCCAGUCUGAGCCCCCCCCCCCACGAAAUAUCCUGGGUACACCGCUACAAACGUGUAGCACUGAAGUGAUUAAGAAAUUGAUACUGGCAGAUCUAUUGGGCAGAGGGAUAACGGGGGCCAUUGCCCUCCCAAAGAGAGCAUUUUUUGGUUUGGUAAGAGAGAAAACGAUUUUUGGACUGAACUCUUUAAAUUUAUGAAUUCAGUAUGAAUGUUUUGAACUAAGUGUCACACCGUGCACAUGACAUAAUCCCCUUCACCCUCAAGAAGUCAUAAAAACCUGUUUUCAGAUUCCAGUGGUAAUGAAGGGGGGGUACAAACCCAAAUAAUGGAUACAUUGAUCUACAUCUAUUCCUUAAGACUGAGGCUAUUUUCGUUCUGUCGCCGUUCUAUCAAAACCAUGGACCGUUGGAGGGUUCAUGCACACCCAUAUUUCUGUCACCAGAGCUGCCAUUUGUUAAUCUUUAAAGUUUAUUUAUGAAGAUUAAUGAACCGCAAUCUUCGUGUGACACCCACAUGGGCUGAGUUCUGUCCCUCCCGAAUGAUACCCAGAAAGAAAGCCGAGGUGACCUCCAAGUUUCCUUUAUUUACGAUUUUUCACCCGACGUGUGCAAUAUAGGACGCAUCAAUCACGCUAGACGUACCCUCCACGAAUUUGAAAAGUGUGUGCGGUAUAUCCGAUGAGGCGCAACUAUGAGUACGUUCGAGUAGCUUCCGGGGGUUGCUCGGGUUCAACCUCACUCUGGCUUCUUUGACACAUAAUACACAUUGCUUCCCCGGUCAGGGUUGCCCAGUGGAAUCUAUUUGAACGCACCGAUUGUAUCGAAUUGCAUACUCGGACAGUUGUGGUUUGCUGAAGAUGUCACAUGGCAAUCUCUCAGCCAAUCGGUGAUGAAAGGACUGUGCAGUGAUUUCAACUCUGUCUACGUGCGCUGCUGUGUCGUAUAAAACCACUGGUCCAAUCAGAUUUCCUUGAACGAACGGAUUUGGCGAGAACUUGCAGGAAAAAAUAACUCAGUGAGUCAGAAAUGUCACAGUGAGUGCACGGACUGUGGACACCAUUGACACUGUGCUCACGUGUUUACAACUCCGCUUGACAAGCUGGUUGUUUGCAUCUCCGUAUCAACAAUCCUGGAGCUUGUAUCUGCAUCAACAUGGCUCAUUGGAAGUUACAAGUCCUUCUCCUCUCGAUCAUAAUCACUUUGCUUUUUGCAGUAUCAGUUGCAGCAGCAUCCAAUAAGGUGAAAUUGGACGAAAUCAAUUCCAAAACCAAAGACAAAUCUUCAUCAGUAAUGCAUUCCCAACUGCAACAGUUAAUGAGGAAGCAAUCGUUAUUUAUUUGGGAUGAUGACCGAGGCCUGUUGAAAUUGGUGCCACCACAUGCCAUUGGGCAUUUAGAUAUUACCGACAUUCCAUCACUUCAACGGAGAUCAAGUAACACUCUGAGAAUCACUCGGAGUGCCAAAAAGAGGAAACAGGGGAGAAAACGCCAGAGGAGGAAACGGAACCGGCACAGACUGGGCAGCGAGAACCAGCGAGUCACUGAGGAGACGACUCCGGUGAAUGGACGUGUGGAGUCCCAAGCAGAAACGAUGCAACCUGUUUCUCCUAUUGCGCACAAGACGCAGCACGUGCAGAGGAAAAUGUCACCCUCACAACCGACCCAAGUGAGGCGGGACAGUGAUCAUCAAAGGUUGGUCCCUCAACCUCUCGACAAGUACCAGGGGCAGUCACCGAAAAUGACAGCAAUAGGGACGGUGACAUUCUCGCCCAAUACAGCAGAUUUCACUCCAUCCACAGUGACAGUUCCAACCAUCUCCCCAGGUGUAAACAGAGACAAGAGUGGUAUGAGAAAUGAUCAGACUCGGACAGCAGAAGUUUCUAAUGUUCAACUUGCAGAUAGCACUGAUCAGCGUUUUAUCAAUCACGUUAUCCGACGCAAACCUCCCUACAACAACGUGGUUCGUUUAUCUCUUGGUUGCACAGGUACACUUAUUAGUCCAAUACACGUAUUAACGGCAGCUCACUGCUUACAUGACGGAGUAACUUUCCGGCUAAACGCCUACAGGUCGCAAGUUGAAGUUCCGUCCUCGCACGGAUUUAGCUUACAUCGGAUUAGCAUGAUCCGUGUUCCCACGGGCUGGAUUAAGUCGGCUAGACCGCGCCGUGUCAACAGUGAUGCAUUUCGGGCUAUUCACGACUACGCAAUCGUCACCAUGUUGACGGAAAUUACAGGCGAGCGGCAGUUCCCGCGCUUUGGCGUCCGUGGCAACAGCGUCAUCUCCAAUCCGAAAUUCACUGGUUUCCCGUCGGACAGGCAAAGCCAGAUGUGGGAGACGAGUUGCCCAUUGGAUGGAAAUUCUGACGUAGUCCUAGGAGGCAACCUCUUAUUGGCUGACUGCCGAGCGUCUCCCGGGAAUUCAGGCUCUGCAGUGUUUGUAACUACUCUUGAUACCGGUAACCCUGCGUCAACAGACCCUCGUCCUAACAACCGGCGUAUUGCAGGACUGGUAUCCAACUCAAUGUUGGUGAACAGGCAGGGUCGAUCCAAAUUAAAAACUCGCGUGACGGUCAUUAAUAUUAUAACGAAGCGAAAAAGAAAAACAAUAUGUGCAAUGAUAGGCAGAGAGGAUCAUUACACAAUUGGGGAGUCAAGGUACCAUACAGUGGAGUCCUGUGCCGAUAUGAUAGAUAAUGGUAGAAGCGACAGGAACCCCUUUGAAACUCUUCACGUGCAUAGACUUUACAAUCACUGAACCAUCCCUAUUGCCCGUAAUAAUUAUGUGAUCGAUUGGCUUCAAUACAAGUGUUUCUCUUGCCAAAGUUCAUUGAACCGUCAAAUCCGUUUUUCAGUCAGACUUUCUUCUUGACAACAUCAGAGAUCCAAAAUAAGCCAAACUUAAUUUUUUCAACGACCCUUGUUCGUUAUUCUGUUGGGUAUUUUCCCUUUUGCACAUUUAGAUGGAGUAAAUAACAAAACAGCCAGUAGUCCUCUACGUCACCCGUUGUCGAUGAAAUUUUAAUAACGCGUAAUAAUUUGGCGCUUCAGCCCACGUUUUAAAAGAAUGUUUCGAAUCAACAUAGGUUGUAGUUCAUGCCAGGUCAUUCUUUGUUCAAACGUGAGAGAAAAAAUAGCAUACCUCCCGGGGGUGGGGAGUUCCCCACACGCCUGCCACUAACCUACCCCCACUGGAUACGUUAAUGACAGCACGUAGCCAAUUCGCAGAAGAUCAAACUUAUGGCAUCACUUAAGGUAAAAAAAAUGUUGGCUUUGAUUUAUGGAACGAAGUGUUUAUUUGACUAGCCUCACAAGAUGAAGAUAUCUGUCUACCACUGCCAGUAAAUUUCGGAACCGCGACAUAAUUUCCCGUUAUUUAUGACCCAUAAACAUUGGUAAACGAAACUGGCCGAGUGCCGCGGUCCAAUUCAUCAGCUUACUCGCACACUUAACCUUGCAUGUAAGAAUAUAGCCGAUUCCCCAACAGAAAGGUGAGGUGCAUUGCAGGAGCCUCUUUUUGACAGCCCAAAUUUUUGUCCGAAGCUUAAAUCAAAUGAAGCCUGCAGAAUUGUGUUUCUUGUAAAGUUAAAAACAGACUCUGAAGUGUAUUUAAUGUAAUAAUCUCCCUUCCCAAAUAUUAUGAAGUCCAGGUAGGAAAGGAUGGAAUGUUUUCGUCUCUGGGUUCUAACUUCAGAUUGAUGCAGAAAUAUCUAAGAUGGUGGUACAGUGUAAUUCUUAAUUGCGUGAUUGCACGGAUAACACGGAUAAUAUGCGUUGAUAUGAAACGGCAUUUUACCCUAAAAUGUGGCUCUGCGUCAUCUCAUAAAUGUCUUGUAUAAUGACUUGAAUAUUUGACUUUUGAUCAGCCUAUCAAAUCCAUAAGUUCCAAGAAAGUUUUUGCCGAUAUCAAAACGUAUGAAUGUUGAGUGCUUUCCUUACAAACUUCAGACCAUUAUGGUGGCAAGUAGUUCAAGAGUUGAAUGAAUGAAUUUUAGUACCGAUCCCCUCUAAAUUACAUUUACAUUGAAUUCUUUGAUUUGCUUUCCGAAACGAUCAAGCCAUAAUUCUGUCAUAACACUUAUACAUAAAGUGAUAUAUAUGUACAUAUAGAAUUUAACACAUUAAACCUAAUUCCUGAUAUUAU